CCCUCCCCGUCCAUCAUCCCCCCCCCCUUUACAACAUCCUCACCCCGUGCCAAGCCCUUCAAGUCCCCGCACCCGGUGUCCGUCAUUCAUCCCAUCGCCCGAUCCCCAGCGCCAAGCUCCUGCAAAGCCAUGGCAUCCUCCUCAUCCACCACCUCCGCCGCACCGGCACCGGCAACCGCCACGGCACUGACCACAGCAGCGGCCUCCCGUCCCGCCAAAGCCACCGUAACCCUCCGCCCCGCAACACAAGCCGACAUCCCCGCCCUCGCAUCCAUCUCCGACGCAGCCUGCAAAGCAGACUCACACACCCAGCUCAAAGCCUCCAUCCGCGGGGACGACGAUUUCCCCAAGGGCAUGCAAGACGCGCUGAAAGCCUGGAUCGGGCACCCCAAAGUCGACGUCCUUGUCGCCGAAGACGCGACGAGCGGCGGACCUGUGGGAUGGGUCGGGUGGGUGAGACGCGGGUUCGCGGGCGACACUGACCUCCCCCUCGACGGGCCGGAUGAGGAACCCCGGCCCGCAACAUUCUUCACGGAAUCGGAGCAUAAGCAGAAAACGAUAGACGACCUCGGCGAACUAACAAACGCAUCAAUGAACCACUGGGUCAAGCGCUUCAUGCCCGACGGCUGCAAGUGCAGGUUCCUGUGCACCUACGUCGUCCACCCGGAUCACCAGGGCCGCGGCAUCGGCUCAUCGCUGAUGAAGUGGGGCACCGAAAAGGCGGAUCGCGAGCCGGGGGUGUACUGCUGGGUUCAAUCGUCCAUGGGCGGGCAGAAGGCGUUUGAGAGGCAGGGGUUCCGCGAGGUGGGUAGGUUAGAGGCGGAGUUGGAUGAGUUUGCGGGCGGGGUGAAGCCUGGUGGGAAGUUGGCGGGUGUCACGGGGAGUGAGGAGUUUUGGGGGCGGUAUUCGUGGGUUUAUAUGAGGAGGGAUGCGAGGGCGUGAUGCAGACGAUGAUAGAUGUUGAACGAGUCAAGACGCCGUUGUGCGAUGCUUUAUGCUAAGGACCCAAACUGGUCUACACUACAACAAUCCAGCGCUGUGCAUCCAAACUCAUCCCGUGAGAAACGGAGCAUAGUCCGUCUACAACCCCACAAGCUUGCAAAACGUCAUGAGACCCCACGCGCCAGCCAAGGGGUUCAUCAUAUCCUGCACCAUCAUCGAGUCCGAAAUCGCCUCGUUGAAGUCCUUCAUCAUCGGCACCUUGGGCUUCGAGGCCCAAAACUGACGCAUGUACUGGUGUCCGUAGGUCAGGCCCGCGGCGAGCAUGAUGGGGAAGCCGACGGUGAAGAUGCCCAGGCCGCGGGGCACCACGAGGGAGAAGGCGAUGCCGCUGAUGGCGGAGACAAGGCACUGUGGGAGAUGUGGUGUCAGUAUAUCAUGGUUUUAAGUGAGAGUGAGAGUGGGAGUGAGAGUGAGAGUGAGAGUGAGAGUGAGAGU